AUGCGCCUCUCUUCUAUCUCCACUUACCUCCCCAAAUCUCUCCCUCAUCUUUACCCCUCUACCAGUGCCUCCAUCGUAUCUUCUCUUCGUCAAGAGAGCACUGCUUCCACUCGUCGUCAAUCUACAGCCGUUAUCCCUCCAUUAUCAGCUCAAUUUCCAACAAAUGAUCGAGUAGUCGAAACCAAAAAGAAGCUCGAAGGACACUUUGCAGUAGUCGAUGACUGUGCGAAUGUGCAGGAAAAGAAACCGCUAGUGCUGAUGCUGGGAUGGGGAGGAUGUACUGACAAACAGUUGUCCAAGUUCAGUGAUGUGUGGCUCGAGAAAGGGUAGGUAUUACACUUGAUCGAGUGUAAUAUAAAAUCACCCGAAAAUACUUCUCGGAUGUCUAAUACUCAGAUUUCUAAUAGUAAUAUUUUCAGCUUCUCCGUGGUCCGUUAUUCACCGCCCAUGGAGAAGGUGUUAUCCGUCCUGGAUUACCCCCAAUUUGUAAAUCCCCUUUAUUCGGAGAUCUCCCAGAAUCUCCAGAACCGUGACAUUCUUCUCCAUCUCUUCUCUAUGAAUGGGUGUAAUGCGUUUGUAGUUCUCUAUGACCUCCUCAACCGAACGCCUGAAGGACAGAAGAUUCUCUCCUCAAUCAAGGGAAUGGUUGUCGAUUCUGGCCCAGCUGACGUUCUUCCCAAGAAAAUCGCGUUCGCCAUCGCUCUCUCGGUCUAUCCUCCGAACAAAAAAGACGUUGCCAGCAAUGCAGCUAGAGCAUUGUUAUAUGGAAUGUUGACUGCCCGACUGAAUGCUCAACGCUUCAAGGUUUGGUUGAGAGAUCUCCUGGGGAAGAACACCUAUCCAGAAUGGUACGCUUACUACAAGAUGAAGGAGAUGACGGCUCAGAAGCAGUUGCCCACCAAACAAAUGUAUUUUUAUUCCAAAAAAGAUUUUGUUUGUGAUGCAAAAUCCAUCGACGAAUUCAUCGAGAGUCAAGGGCCCGAGGUGGAGAUUAAGAGGUUCAAAUUUGAUGAUUCCCCUCAUGUGAAUCACUUCAGGAAACAUCCAGAACUAUACAGAAAAGAGUGCGAGAAGUUUGCUGAUGAAAUUUUGGUCAGUAAACUCUGA